AUGGCUUCCUCUGUGAACAACAUUGCCGCUACAUUUGCCACCGUAACUGGUUCAUCAUCAUCAACAAUAUCUGCCUCUUCGAGUGUCUCUACGUCAAGUCUAACAAGCUUCCCUCUCUCAAUCCCUCAAAGGCCCCUCUCUGUUUCAUGGAAUCCACACACAUCCCUCCCGAAGUCCCACACUCCCUCCCUCAUCAACCUCUACGGUCCGCCCGGCCCACGCCGUUCUUUUAAUUCAAUCUCCACCGUCAAAUCGAAGCCGAUUGCUGUCCCCGUUGGAUACAAGCUCCCUGACGUAACCCUCUCGUAUCUUGCGCAAAACGGCGCCGUUCAGUUUGUCUCUCUCAGGAGGCUUUGCAAGGGAAAGCGAGUUGUAUUGGUCGGUGUAUCGGCUGCGUUUUCGCCGAGUUGUACUCGGUUUGUGAAGCGGGUGGAGUCGGAGAAGUCGAGGGCGGUGGAUUUGUUGGCAUGUGUUGCGUUCAACGAUGUGUUUGUGAUGAAGGCAUGGGGUGAGAAUCUGGCCGUUGGUGAGAAGGUAAUGAUGUUAUCCGACGGUGGUGGAGAGUUGUGUGGGGCCUUGGGGAUGACCGUUGAUGCUGGCGCCACUGCUUGUUUCGGGUUGGGCGUAAGGCCAAGACGGUUUUGUUUGUCCGCUGUAAACGGCGUCGUUACAAGCAUUAACUUUGAUGAUGAUGUAGAAGAUGAUGCUCUACCUUCUAUCAAAUCAACUUUUCAUGUGGUAAAAGGUAAACAACUUUCGUGCAUAACGUUUUCGCAAUGGAUGAAGUCGGGGGUUGUCAAAGACUGGAUCUUUGCACUUCGCGACCCUAUCCGAGCAUGUGCUUAG